AUGCCUCCAAAACGUACCAAGAAAGCCCCAGCAGUCCCAAAGACACAAGGCAAACUCAGCUUCCAGCGCAUUCAGAAGCCUCAGACCACCGUCUCGCCUCUCGUUCAGAUCCUUUCUCAGUACGAACUCAUGCUCAUGGUUACCGAUCAACUUUCUUCAGCCGACAUCAUCCACCUCACCGCUACAUGCAAGGAGAUCAAAAUGUACCUCACCGACGACAAGACCAUCUACAACAGUAUCGUAGAAAAUGCCAAUUGCGAUGGCAAGGGCAUCGAGGCCAGAGCAAAGUGCUUCGGACACUGGAAGGGCGAUGUCACAAAGGCUACGGCUCAGUGUGGAGGCUCGGACUGUAAGCCAUAUGAUGGCUGCGCCGCCAUGGUCUGCAAUGAGUGUCGCUUCCACAUCGCGUACAUGAACAAUUUGGCUUGCUGCCGAAACGAUCCCGCUCAUUGGCAAAGUCACGAGGUCGACUUUGCAGAAGACAUCGACAGUCCAGAAUUUCACUCUGGCAACUUUCCCCUCGAAACCAUUCGAGCUGCUCAUUUGGCUGGUGAGACUCGUGAGCGCCGCUUCUGUUCCGAAUGCAAGCCACACCUGUGUGAAGAGGAGGGUCCAGUUCUAGAAUACAUCUUCGACAUUAUCUUCGAUCGUGACGACGAAGAUUGGUGCUCCUGUACCUUCGGCGAAAGGUUCCUCGAUGACAGCUGGCUCUGCAUUCCAUGCUUCAUCAAGGAAGAGGCUGAAGCUUACAGGCGUCCUUUGAAGAAAAAGAUCUUCAAGUGGGAGACAAAUGCAGAUGGAUCGCGCAAGUUCGUUGGAACCGAGAAGCAUCUUUGCGAUUGCGGCCGUGUCGCUGACAUCGAAUACCUGGUCGAAUGCAGAUGGUGUGACGAGUACAUGCUCACUCCCAAGGUCCAUAACACGCUACUCGACUUCUGA